CGGACACCAACCCGACGAUUGGGGCAUACGAGUCUUAACCGCCGUAACAUAGCGCCAGUUGUAGGCAAUCUCAAGGACUAUCAUUCCUCAGUGCCAGUCUCUUCUUUCUUCCUGUCGGAGAAUUUGCGUGGGCGCUGAUUCUUGGUGAGUAGCCUUGUUGGAAUUGCAUAGAAAUGCAGUUGAGAAGUUUAGUGCUGUGAAAGGGAAAAGGAAGUUGUAGAAGGAGAAAGAGAUAUUUCCCAUGGCAGGCAAGGAAGCGAUGAUCCCUCUUCUUACUCCAUACGAGAUGGGAAAGUUCAACCUCUCUCAUAGGAUAGUUUUAGCACCAUUGACAAGAUGUAGAUCAUACAACAAUGUACCCCAACCACAUGCUGUCGUAUACUACACUCAGCGUGCAACCAACGGCGGUUUCCUCAUUUCUGAAGCCACUGGGGUUGCUAGUACUGCACAAGGUUACCCAGACAUACCUGGAAUUUGGACAAAAGAGCAAGUAAAAGCAUGGAAGCCUAUUGUGGAAGCUGUUCAUGAGAAGGGGGCCAUCUUCUUUUGCCAAAUUUGCCAUGCAGGCCGCGCAUCUAAUUAUGCAUUGCAGCCUGAUGGUGAGGCUCCGAUCUCAUGUACUGACAAGGGGUUGACACCCGGCCUUGAUGGACAAGAUUGGUCACCUCCUCGACGGCUAAGGACUAAUGAGAUCCCUAGCAUUAUUAAUGAUUUCAGGCUCGCUGCAUGUAAUGCCAUUGAGGCAGGAUUUGAUGGGGUUGAGAUCCAUGGUGCAUAUGGGUACUUAAUCGAGCAGUUCAUGAAAGAUCAAGUAAAUGAUAGAACCGAUCAUUAUGGUGGAAAUUUAGAAAAUCAGUGCCGCUUUGCUUUGGAAGUAGUUGAAGCUGUGGUUAACAAAAUUGGACCAGGCAAAGUUGGAAUGAGACUUUCACCUUACAGCAAAGGCAUGGAAGCUGGUGACUCAAACCCUGAAGCACUAGGCCUUUACAUGGCAAAUGCACUUAACAAAUUUGGUAUUGUUUAUCUUCACGUAAUUCAGCAAAGAGGGAAGGCAAUUAAAAUAAAUGACAAGUAUGAAACCCCAUAUAGCCUUCUUCCAAUGAGGAAAGCCUUCAAGGGAACUUUUAUUGUUGCUGGGGGGUACAGCAGAGAAGAUGGGAACAUGGCUAUUGCUGGUAAUUAUGCAGAUUUAGUCGCAUUUGGACGAUUGUUCUUGGCUAAUCCAGACUUGCCAAGGCGGUUUGAGCUAAAUGCUCCUCUAAAUAGAUAUGAUGAGACCACCUUCUACCUUUCUGAUCCAGUCAUUGGCUACACUGAUUAUCCAUUUCUAGAGCCUUAAGUCCUAUAUAACCAUUUUUUGACAUUAAAAUACUUUCAAGGAAUGAAAUUGUAAUUCCUAUUUACGUUUUGGAUAUGCUUCUGCUGUUAAGAGUACAGAUAUGGUCCUUAUGGAGAUUGUAAGUGUCAACAAGUAAUUCUAAAACUGGUAAGGUGAAAAUGUUUUACUUUUAUGAAAUGGAUUCUGCUGUCAUGAAGUUCAUCUGCAAAUCCAUGAUUGAUGUUCCAGUGAUGCAACUCUGAUCUUUUGUCGACUUGGUAUACUUGCUGAAGGUGUCUCCCUCUGUGCAUAUAGCAGCCCCAGGACUUCGAAUCUGCGAUCCCCAUCCAUCGAAGACCUAGAAUUACAGAUGCAUAAACCUAGACAAAGCAAUGUGCGGAGAGUUUGGCCAUGGCAGGGGAGCAAAACGUUGACAGGCAAAGCAAGUAUGUAUCUUUAUGGUUAAGAGUUGGCACACUGAUUUCGUAUGUAAAAUCUAGUUCUUGCAUCUACCACUCCAUACUUGUCUUGAUAUUAAAGUGCACUAAAUGUAACUAUCCCUACUGUACCCACAUGCCAGCUACACCCAUCAUUUUCGUCAAGAACAAUUUAAGAAAAACUCAAGUUUUUAUUGAAUUAAAUGUUCAGAUGUACAUAAUAAAAGGUUCGAAGGUAUGUAAUUCAUUUACUUAAUAUUUAUUUUUUGUAUAAUUAUAUGUUUUUUAACUCAUAAAAGAACCAAAUAAAACCUUUUUUUGAGAAUUAUAUUUAUUAUUCAUUCAUAAAACAGUUGAAUUUCCCAUUAUACCACUAUCAUGUAGACUAAUAUAGAGUAAUGCUAAGGGCAUUUCAGUCAACAUCUCCCAUCAAAACCAUCAUCGCCGCAUGAAUCAGCGGGUAUAAUAUCACAUCAAAUUUCCCCCAGAGGCGUAGGCGUAAACGGAAUUUUGGGUUUCUCCCAUUUGAUUUGAAAAUCCAGUCAAUUGGUUUUCCCAAGCUUUCUUUUUCUCAUAGAGACCGCUCCUUGGGAAAGAAAAGGACUUCCCCUGAUAUUUUCAUUUUCUAUUUUUAUCUUCACCAAGAAAAAAUUAAAAAAAAAAAAA